AAACCAAACUGCACAUAAGCUUCCUGAAUUCUAGCUAACCUCUAAUCAAUUUUCCCUUUUUCCCACUGUUUUUCUUUUUCUCGUGUCUUUUUAUCCAUAUCUUUCCUGCUUCCUCCUUUUACUUUUUCAUACGAUUGGAGUAUGCAAUUGAAAAUGAUUUGCUUGUAAUAAAGGAAGUUAAAAUUGAUGAAGGCAAUGAUAUCAUAUGACACUAAUAUAACUCCAAUAUGGAGAAGCUCUAUCAAAAGUGUUGAAAAAGUAUAAGACUAAAAAAAAUCAAAGCUUUGGACUGAUUGAGGGAUAAUGGCUUCUGUGUUUCAGCUAUAGAUACAGUUUCUUGUAUGUAUAUGUGGUGGUGAUGAUGAAGAAGUUGAUGGAGAGAUGGAGUGUGGUUUGGUUGUUCUUGUUGGUGGUGCAUGUUUCUGCUAAUAUGGAAAGUCUGUUUUCUUUCUUCUUUAUUUGGUGUUUUCUUUUGGGUUGUCUGUUAUAUCUUGUUUCUACUUCAUGUUUUGUCUGCAUAGGUGACGCCUUGCAAAGCCUUAAGACAAACUUACAAGAUCCGAACAACGAGCUCAGAACCUGGGACUCGACCCAUGUCAACCCGUGCACUUGGUUCCACGUCACCUGCAACGAUGACUUCAUCGUGAACAGACUUGAUCUAGGGAACUCUGCUUUGUCUGGUGAAUUAGUCCCAGGGCUCGGCGUAUUGAAGAAUUUGAAGUACCUAGCGUUGUACAACAACAACAUCAGCGGGGCAGUUCCAGAUGAACUCGGAGACCUAACUAAUUUGGAGAGUCUGGACCUGUACAUGAACAGUUUUACCGGUCCCAUUCCUGAAACGUUGGGGCAGCUUUCCAAGCUGCGUUUCCUCCGGCUAAACAAAAACAACUUCACGGGCCCCAUCCCUAUGUCAUUGACCAACCUCUCGUCUCUGCAAGUGUUGGAUUUAUCAAACAACCAGCUUUCGGGUGUGGUUCCGGAUAAUGGCUCGUUUUCAUUGUUCACGCCAAUUAGUUUCGAAAAUAACUUGAACCUGUGUGGCCCUGUCAUUGGACAGCCAUGCCCGGGAUCGCCUCCGUUUUCUCCGCCCCCUCCGAUUAUUCCGCCAUCCCGAGGAGGAAAUAGUAUGACGGGAGCCAUUGCUGGCGGAGUUGCGGCUGCCGCUGCUCUGCUAUUAGCUGCACCGGCAAUCGCCAUUGCAUGGCGGUGUCGGAGCAGAAAACCAGAAGAAUAUUACUUCGAUGUACUAGCGGAUGAGGAUCCCGAAGUACAUCUCGGACAGCUCAAGAGAUUCUCUCUUCGAGAGCUGCAAGCCGCAACUGACAAUUUCAGCAAGGAAAAUCUUUUGGGGACAGGCGGCUUCGCAAAGGUGUAUAAAGGAAGUCUUCUCGAUGGCUCGCUCGUUGCUGUUAAAAGACUCAAUGAUGCGAGGACUUCCGGCGGAGAGCUCCAGUUUCAGUCGGAGGUCAAGAUGAUAAGUUUGGCAGUGCACCGGAAUCUUCUUAGGCUUUAUGGCUUGUGUAUGAGUCCGACAGAACGAUUGCUCGUUUAUCCGUAUAUGGAAAAUGGGAGCGUUGCAUCAUGUUUACGAACAGAACGUCAAGAUAAUGAGCCACCGAGGCCGCAUCUCGAUUGGCAGACUAGGAAGCACAUUGCUCUCGGUUCCGCCCGAGGCCUGUCGUAUUUGCAUGAAAACUGCGAGCAAAAGAUCAUUCAUCGCGACGUCAAGGCUGCGAACAUCUUGCUAGACAAGGAUUUCGAGGCUGUUGUCGGAGAUUUUGGUAUGGCUAGACUUAUGAAUUAUAAGGAUACCCACGUGAUAACUUCUGUUUGUGGUACCUUGGGACACAUCGCUCCAGAGUACAUAUCCACCGGGAAAUCAUCUGAGAAAACUGAUGUUUACGGAUACGGGAUUAUGCUUCUUGAGCUGAUAACCGGACAGAAAGCUUUCGAUCUGGCUCGCUUUGCCAAGGACGAUGAUGUUUUGUUGCUAGAUUGGGUCAAGGGACUUCUAAAAGAGAAGAAGUUCAAAAUGAUGGUCGAUCCCAAUAUGCAGAGCAAUUACAUUGAAUCAGAAGUCGAGCUGCUGAUCAAGGUCUCUGUCCUUUGCACGCAAAGCUCAUCGGUGGACCGGCCUAAGAUGUCAGAAGUGGUGAGAAUACUAGAAGGCGACGGGCUGGGCGAUAAAUGGGACGAAUGGCUGAAGGCCGAGGCUCACAGGCAAGAGGUCGAACAUGCUUCUCGCCUGACUUACGAUUGGGCCAUCGACUCAACAACAAAUUUAGACGCGGUCGAGCUGUCCGGUCCAAGGUGAUCUACUUGUGUUAUCAAAUAAUUGUACCGAAAUUUAUACUAGAAAUAGAGGAAGUGAUCUUUCGUACAAGUGUUACAAAUAAUAUUCAGAAUCUUUUACUA